AUGAAGGCAUUAACAGCAUGUUUGGCCCUAUGGGCAAGUUUGGCGAUCGGGAGUCCGUCGCAGGGUCGAGACUUGCGAGGAUGUGUAGCAAGGGCACUGGGGGGAGCGGAGGACCGCAUCGUUGGACCAAAUGAUACCACAUACACUGAUGCCCGUAUUGGAGAGUCAAUUCAGUUCGACCAGACGCCAGCUUUGAUAGCUUACGCCAACGACGCAUCCCAAAUCGUACCGCUUAUCAAAUGCGCACAACGGUCUGGCAUCAAAGCCGUUCCUAGAAGCGGAGGGCAUCACUUCAUGGCAUAUUCCGCCCUCAGCGACACACUCGUCAUCGACAUCACCCACAUCGACUAUGUCCACGUCUCCCCUGACAAAUCCACCGCCCAGGUCGGCGCGGGCAUACGCCUCGGAGCACUCUACACUGCUCUUAGUUUGCACGGCCGCGACUGGCCUGGCGGUAUUUGCCCUACGGUCGGAUUAUCCGGAUUCCUGGGCGCAGGAGGCUUCAAUAUGCAGAUGCGCACUCUGGGCAUGGGCGUAGACCACGUCAUUGGUGCAAAAGUCGUGUUAUCCAACGGUCGUCUCGUUAAUGCUUCACCCAGGGAAAACAGCGAUUUAUUUUGGGCGAUCCGUGGAGGCGGAGGAGGCUCAUACGGCAUUGUCGUCGAAUGGACGCUGAAACUCUCGCAGUUUCCUCGCUCGUCCAUGGUUCAGAUAAAGUGGAAUGAACCUGAUACGCGGGUUGAUAUCGCGACUCGCUUCUUCGAGUGGGCGCCGAGGACUGAUCCUGCAUUCAUGUCCUCUGUGAAUGUGUAUAAGAACCGCACCGAAGUACUGGGCUGGUGUCUCGGUUGUACGCUCGACCAUGCAAGGACGCUAAUGAAUUCAUCUGGUCUACUGGGAAUUGGAAAGCCGGAGAUACACAUCUCAGGGGGGUGCAACUCCAUCAACGCCCGAAUGUUCGGAUACAUCGUCAGCGAGUGUAUUCCCGACGUCGAAGUAGCCAAGUACGCUCCCCUAGCGAUGAACACGGUCCAACAACCAUUCACACAAGUCGGCACAUAUCCCCAAUUCACAUGGAAUCAAACCCUUCAGGAUCCAAAAUCCCCACAGGCGCAAGCGUGGCCGCGAUUUCGAAGACUAAGUAAGAGCUUCUUUGUGCAGAAAACCAAGAAGCUGGGUAGGGAUGCCGUGCAAAGUCUCGUGGAUCGAUUGACGGAGCUGCCAGAUGAGGUGGCCGGUUGGGGAGAGUGGCAUGCGUGGAAUAUUAGUCGUAGGGGGGGUGAUCAGUCGGCUUUUGCGUGGAGGGACGAGGCGUAUGCUCAUUUGGAGUUUAUACUGACGGGGUCGGAGGAUGGCAGGAAGCAGGAGAAGCUGGCGGAGUGGACUAGAGACCUAGAAGGAUAUUUGAGGCCAUUGACGGGGCCUGCGUCGUAUGCUGGAUAUAUGGAUGCAAGUAUUUCCACGGAUCCGCUGAUGUCGUAUUAUGGACGAAAUGUGGAUAGGUUGCAGAAGAUCAAGGCCAAGUAUGACGCUGGUGACUUUUUCGACAACCCGUUGGGUAUUCCCCCUGGUCGAUAG